AUGCGAAAGGUGCGUCUGGUCGAAAUAUCGACGGCGGUGCUUGAAUUUGAAUGUCAACGUACCAGCGUACUGCACGGAAGCAUGCGCAUCACGUUGCCGAUGCAAGAUAGUGGGAUACCAGCACUCUCACCACUAGCACUUCUAUACCAAACUGCUGUCUUGCGAUAUAUGCAACAACCUUCAGGGCAAGGGGUUAAGAACACUAAGCCGACAAUGGAGAACAAUACAAUUGGUGCCGGAGAGCGAGAGAAAAGCGUACCGCAAUCAGGUUAUGCUUUGCAAAUUUCACUACCAGUAAUUUCCCAUUCUUCACAAAACGAUCCAACUUCAGCACCUCAACCUCAAAACGCAUUAAAAUAUCUUUCGAAUGCCCUGACGAAUCCAAAAGCAGAAGCUCUUGUGGCUGAUUCAGCGAUUUCCCUCUAG